ACCAAUCGGAAGUGAGUAUUUUUCGCGCUGGUCGGUCCCGGAGUUUGAGUUUCCCGCAAGCUUUUUUCACUCGCCUUGAAUGAAAUGAUUCGCUUUCCAGGAUGAUAACAAGCAAUUGUUACUUUUAACCACACCGGAGGAUAUUCAACAGUUCAGUGAGUCUGGACAGGUUAGAUGGGAUGGACAGCAUUGGUAGCUCCCUGCCUGCAAUGCCUGAACCAGCCAACCCUAUCAGCAUGAAGCAGCCGCCCGAGUCCUUAAGCAUUCGGAAAGGCUGUGGGGACAUGGGCAGUGACCCAGCUCUGCUGAUGGAUAAAGCCGCUGCACAGCUUGCUGCUACACUACAGGAUGGCGUCCUCCAGAAGAUGGCUGGCCACAAUCAUAACAACCAUAGCCACGAGAGGCUGAAGGACCUCACUUCCCUGGUGCUAAAUGGUGACCAAGACUCGUUGCCCAAGCAUUGUACUCCAGAGCCACCCAUGCUGAAAGGUGAUGAAGCCCCUGAUACUAAUGAUGCCCAUCAGCACAACUGCACACCUCACGCUGAGCCUGAGUUGAAGGUGACUAUACCCCAAGUGCUUGAGCAGCCUGUGCUUGAGCCAUCCUGUGCAAAUGGGACCAGCUUGGUCACAGCCACUGAAAGUGCUUCACCUGGACCUGAAGAAAGUCAAGAAGUGAAGAAAAGGAGGAGGAGACCUAACAAACCCAAAACUAUGAUAAACUGUAGUUCCUCUGCCAUCACAGUGGAGUUGCUUGACCACACAGAAGAUACUGAGGAAACUGAAGUAGCAAAUGAGCCUACGCCCAUGCCAGAAACAAUGGAGCCGAUAAAAGAAGAGUGUGCUCCUGUGCGCUUCUCUGUUGGGGAUCUGGUUUGGACAAAGGUGACGGGGUACCCAUGGUGGCCAUGCAUGGUAACCACAGACGCAGAGCUCAACAGUCACUUCAAACCAAAACAAAAAGCCAACAACAGGAGGUUAGGCCUUCUUUACCACAUACAGUAUUUUGGUGAUGCACCAGAGAGAGGCUUUGUCUUUGAGAAGAAUAUGGUGUCCUUCACUGGGGAGGACCAGUACUUGGAGCUCAGCCAGCGAAACAAACCAUCAGCCAGCAGUGCUAGCCAUAGAAAGACGGCUCCCUCUGUGCCCCGCAACCUCCAGGCUCAGUGGAGCAUGGGUGUCAUUCAGGCCAAAGAAGCCCUCAGCAUGUUGCCAGAAGAGCGCAUGAAGAACUUUGGAUUUAUUUAUGAUGGUGAUGGACCUCAUCUGAACCCUCUUGUCUUGGAAAAGUUGAAGCCAGAUCUGAGUUGUGAGACGUACCAAGAUGCAGAAUCCAGGCUCAGCCAAGAUGUCCCCUACCUGUUGAAUCCCUUAACCUUUCCUCCACAUGCACCAAUCGAACCAUUUGAGUCUCAGAAGAAAAGGAUAAGGCCCAAAACGGCUCAGCAUCCUACCAAGUUAGGAAGGAGAAAGAAAGUGUCUUCAGUGAACGGUAUUCUUGACCCCAUGAGGAGAAGGAAAACUAAGCUGGUUACUUCCACAGAUAAUUCAGAAGAUGUCUCACGUCAGGUUUCUGUUCCAGGGAAAGGAGACCAAAAGAAGAGGCCUAAAAGACCGCUAACAGAUGCUGCAGCAGACAAGGAUCCACAGUCCAAAAAGAGACGUAGAAAUGGCAAGAGUGCAGAAACACAGGCCUCGGUGUCAGAGGAGACAAACAAAAAGUGGAGAAGAAAGAAGACAACCAACAUUAAAGAUCUAAAAGAACCAAGAAAGCGAACAAAGAAGUCAAAAGAUGAGGAAAAUGUGGAGAAACCAAAGCGCAGGAGGAAAAGAAAACAGGAUGGGGAGAACCAGGCCACAGCCUCCAAGGCAAAGAAAAGACGUUCCUCUCCCUGUCCUGACACAGAGGGUUCCGCAAGUGAAGAACGUCCUGAUUCUCCAAAUGACAGCUUGGACGGCAUAAAGAAGGGUGAACGGAAGAAAGAGUUUGUUUGUCAGAUCUGUGAGGUGGCUGGUGAAGACUUGGUGCCAUGUGAAGGCCAGUGUUGCGGCAUGUUUCACCUCCACUGCCUGGGUCUGACCCUUAAACCAGACGACAAGCUCCUCUGCCGGGAGUGCAGCACAGGUCUCCAUUCAUGUUUUAUCUGCAAGCAGUCAGAGGCUGAGGUCCGUCGAUGCCACGUCCCUCACUGUGGAAAGUUUUACCAUGAAGGUUGCGUCCGCCUCAACCCCCUCACAGUGUUUGAUAACAAAGGCUUCCGCUGCCCACUUCAUACUUGCCUUAGCUGCCACUAUGGCUGCCGCACCAAACACAAGGCUACCAAGGGACGGUUGAUGCGUUGCCUUCGAUGCCCUGUUGCGUACCAUUUGGGCGACCUCUGUGUUGCUGCUGGAAGUGAAACCAUCACAAACACGGCCAUUAUCUGCACCAACCACUUUAACGCAAAGAAGGGCUACAGCCACCACAGUCACGUCAAUGUCAGCUGGUGUUUCGUCUGCUCCAAAGGAGGACAGCUGCUGUGCUGCGAGUCUUGUCCUGCAGCUUUUCACCCUGACUGCCUGAACAUUAACAUGCCUGAUGGAAGCUGGUUCUGUAACGACUGCCGCGCUGGAAAGAAACCAAAGUACAGAGACAUCAUAUGGGUCAAACUGGGGACAUACAGAUGGUGGCCAGCGGAGAUCCACCACCCCAAGAACGUCCCCACAAACAUCCAGCACCUCAGACAUGAGAUUGGAGAGUUCCCAGUGUUCUUCUUUGGUUCCAAGGAUUACUUCUGGACUCACCAGGGCAGAGUAUUUCCCUACAUGGAAGGUGACCGAGGGAGCAAAUACCAGAAGAAUGGAAUUGGCAGAGUCUUUAAGAAUGCUCUGUUGGAGGCUGAGGGUCGAUUUAAGGAGAUAAAGAUGAAACGAGAAGCCAAGGAAGCUCAGGAAAACAGCCGGAAACCACCCCCAUACAAGUUCAUCAAGGUCAACAAACCUUUUGGUAAGGUCCAGGUCUGCACCGCAGACAUUUCUGAGAUCCCCAAGUGCAACUGCAAGCUGACAGACGAUCGUCCGUGUGGCUUCGAGUCCGAAUGCCUGAACCGCAUGCUGCAGUACGAGUGUCACCCCCAGGUGUGUCCCAGUGGGGAGCGCUGUUGUAACCAAGACUUCACCAAACGCCUUUACCCAGACACCAAGAUUAUCAAGACCCCUGGCAAGGGCUGGGGUCUGAUCGCCCUGAGAGACAUCAAGAAGGGUGAGUUUGUCAACGAGUACAUUGGAGAGCUGAUUGAUGAGGAGGAGUGCAGGGCAAGAAUCAAGUAUGCCCAUGAAAACAACAUUACCGACUUCUACAUGCUCACCAUUGAUAAGGAUCGAAUCAUUGACGCAGGUCCAAAAGGAAACUACUCUCGGUUCAUGAACCACAGCUGUCAGCCUAACUGUGAGACUCAGAAGUGGACAGUAAAUGGAGACACUCGUGUUGGCUUGUUUGCAAUCUGUGACGUACCAGCAGGAACAGAAUUAACCUUUAACUACAACCUGGACUGCCUUGGGAAUGAGAAGACCAUCUGUCGCUGCGGCGCUCCCAACUGCAGUGGUUUUCUUGGUGAUCGUCCUAAGAACUCCAACGGCCACACGGAGACAAAAGGAAAGCGCUUAAGGAGGAAGUACAGGAGGAGGAAAAGUGAGGGAAAGAAGAAGUCUGAAGACGAGUGUUUUCGCUGUGGUGAUGGAGGGCAGCUGGUGCUCUGCGACAAGAAGAACUGCACGAAAGCUUAUCACCUGUCCUGCCUAAACCUCACCAAAAGACCGUUUGGCCGCUGGGACUGCCCCUGGCAUCACUGUGACGUCUGUGGGAAAAACUCUGAGGCCUUCUGCCAGCUCUGCCCCAACUCCUUCUGCAGGGCUCACCAGGAGGGGGCGCUGCGUCUCUGGCCUCCAACGGGGGAGCUGUGCUGUGCUGAGCAUGAUGAAACUGAGGGAACUGCCAACCAAGCCCGGAUAGUUAACUCUGAGACAAACGUGGCUGCUCCCACCACAGUCGCGGGCCGUCCUAAAGGCUGCAGGAAGCCCGAAGGAGCAGAGAGCAAAACCAAAGGCUCUAAGAGGAAAGCAACAGAAGCCUGACGUGACUGUACAGAGAGCCAGAAGGCCAAAUGAGACGGCCGCCUUCCUCCACAGUAACAGUAUGACGCCACAGAAACCGAGGCACUGUAUGUAUUCAUCAGGGAAAGGUGCUGACCUCUCAAACGCUCAGCAUUGAUCUUUAGCUUCUAUUUUUAACCUUUUUACAUUUUCAGGUUUUCUUGUACUAGUCUGCACUGAGGUGACCAUCUGUGGUAAAGCACAAAUCAGCGAAGCGAGAACAGCUCAGAAAACACCUGACUUGCUACCAUCAUUUAUUAUUAAUUAGAAUAACAAAGUCAAGGAUUUAACUUCAGAAGAAGAGCUGAUCUGCUGUUGCCAUGUCAACUAGAGUCUCAGUAGUCCACCUUUCAUUACCCUGAACAGCAGAGUUCUAUUAGUUGUAUAUCUUUGUUUGUCUAUAUCACAAAUACCAAAAUGAUCAUUACUGUAAUAGUGGAAGACAUCAGACAUGUUGCCAAUGGAUAGUUUUUAUUUCUAGAUAUACUAUAUAUGUGCCAGAUGUAACCUGCAACACCAGGACACUAUGGGUGGGGCUCUGGAGUUCUUUGUGUAGCCAUAGAUCACGUGUAAAUGUAGACAUGUUUAUUUUACAACCUGUUUUGUUUUAGCUCAGUUUUUUUGUUUAUUGGAUUGUUUUGUUUUAAUAACAGCACUGGAAAAAAAAAAAUCCAGACUAGCAGGGAUUACGGAACAUGAUGGGAGUUUUCCUGUUAAACUGAUCUGAAACAAAAACACUACUGGGAGGUAAAUGAAGGAAUGUUUGGAGUCACUUCUACGAUCCAAGGUGCUUUAAAUCGUCCUGUUUUAGUGUUUAAUAAGAGGUACAGAGAUUUCUUUUAUUAUUUUUUAUUUUAAACCAUAUGUUGAAAUUGAGGGUGUUGUUGCUUUGCCAUCUUCUGCUGGGAUUUCUGCUGAUGUAAGAUUUAGGACCCUUUUUUUAUUCCUCAUGAGGUUUUGGUCUCAAACGUUGACUCUGAUUACUGUUUAAUAGUAAAACACUGGCCCUCAGUCUAAUGCCAUUUAUUAAACAAUUAUAUGAUUAACUCAUGGACUUGUUAGGGACAGUGGUUAACUCAGUAUUUCACUCACUUUGCUUUGGGAGCGAGUUAAUCUAACUCCCUCUGACCUUUUCUACAUGAUUUCACACCUAAAGAUGAAUAAUGUUUGGAUCUGAAGCAGCGAGUAAACUUAACCAAACGUACGUUUUCAGAUGUUAAAAGUUUAUCUGAUGUUUUUUUUUAUAUAUUACCUCCAACAUAUUUCCGCCUGAGGUUUCAUUUUGAAAUGGCUCUGCCCAGAUUGGACUGAGGCUCAAUACUUUCAGAACUUUUAACAUUUGGUUUUAUUAAUCAAAUGCAGCAAAAGAUUAGAUCACAUGGUGCUCCAAGCCUUUAUGUCUGACUCCUUCAUCACCUACCUCCGCUUGUUAAUAUGAACCUCCAGCGGUGCCGGCUGGUCUCGGACCUGGGCGAGCUUUUCAGGUCCGGAAACAGAGGACAGGAUGUUUCAGAAAAUAAGAGCAGCUGAACAAGUUACUGUGGAGCAGAAUCUUUCCCAGCAGCUGCUUUAGGGUCACCAGCUUUUUGGGUUCCCUUCAUCUAUCAGAAAGGAAACAAAGUGGAGCGGAUUCAGGCACCUUGCUGAGACGGGGCUGCUGAGGAGCUGAUUGGAAGCCUUCAAACCACUGUUUCAGAUCAUAAAGUGCAGAUUAUUUCAUUUUUAACAUCUCCAAUACUUUAAAAUGUAGCUGAGGAAGUAUAUAUAUAUAUUUUUUUUUUUUUGGAGCAUUUCCUCCCUUCCUGCAGUGCUUCCCAGAUUUAAAAGGAUGCCUUUUUGAAAUAGCUGCACCUUUUUUUUUUUGUAUUUAUUUUUUACCUGAUCAGGCAAAUGGGGACUUGUCCACUGGUGCAGCACAGUCCCAUUUAAACGUCCUCAUCCUAACCUUGUGGAGAGAAUGUAGUCCCGCCAGCUGUUCUCUGUAAGCACUGUAUUCCCUGUAGAGCUGAAGUGUUGUGUACGUGUGUGUAGACGUCAUACUAUAACUACUGUCAUAGCAAACCAGAGACUAAUAUGUACAUAAUGUAUAAGUGGUAAUAGUGAUUCAUCUAUUGUAAAUAUCAUGCAAUAUCUUGAUCUUUUUUUUUAAUGCAGUGCUGAAACAUUUGCGCAGGAUCUAAUGUUAGUGAAUAAAGUGACGGAACCAUU